GCGCGGUGGAGAAGCAGACGAGCGCUCGCCGGCGGUAGGAACCCUCGUCCUCUGCCGUCUGUGUUUCCGGCCGGAUCGAUGGUGCUGGUGCUCCGACUGGGGGUGUAGAAACUAAAGGACGCCGGAAGUCGGGAAGCAUGUCCAGCUUCUCCAGGGCGCCCCAGCAAUGGGCCACUUUUGCUCGAAUGUGGUAUCUCUUAGAUGGCAAGAUGCAGCCCCCUGGCAAACUUGCCGCUAUAGCAUCAAAGAAGCUUCAAGGACUACAUAAACCAGUGUAUCAUCAGCUGAGUGACUGUGGAGAUCAUGUUGUCAUAAUAAACACAAGACACAUUGCAUUUUCUGGAAACAAAUGGGAGCAGAAAGUGUACUCCUCACAUACUGGCUACCCUGGUGGGUUUCGACAAGUAACAGCUGCACAACUUCACCUGAAGGAUCCAGUGGCGAUUGUGAAAUUAGCUACUUAUGGCAUGCUGCCCAAAAACCUGCACAGGAGAACGAUGAUGCAAAGGUUGCAUCUUUUUCCAGACGAGGAUAUUCCUGAAGAUAUUCUUAAGAAUUUAGUGGAAGAGCUUCCUCAGCCACGUAAAGUACCUAAACGGCUGGAUGAGUACACCCAAGAAGAAAUAGAGGCUUUCCCAAGAGUGUGGGCCCCACCUGAUGAUUAUCGGCUGUAGGAAAAAUAGGAAUGGCGAAACAACAGCAGGAGACGGGAUACUUCCUGGGGAAUUGCCAUGACCCAGGACAGAGAGGAAAUGCGCUUGCGUUCCCUGUGGGAAGACUCAAGGCGGGCCUCAUCAGGAUAGUGCAGUAGAACAUACUACUUUACACAAGUGUCUUAUGGAACCUGCUUUAAAUGCUAUAAGUUUUAAUAAAACUGCUUACUAAGUCA